AAUUAAUCCUUUUAUAAUUUAUUCUUUAGAAGCCUCUUCAUUUCCAAACCACCAGGCACCAGCUGGUGCCAUCCCCCACUGCAUUUUCUUGCUUUUGUUUGUAUCUCACCAAAGUCACCACCUUUGCUUUAUAUAGUUCCAUUUUAGUCUUUAUUGCAUUACCAUUCUCUCCUCAAGAACCCAGUUUUUCUCUCUUGAGUUCCUCUGCUUGAGGUCAUUGUCCUUUGGUUUCAGGGCUACAUCUUUCUGGGAAUUUGGAGUCUGGUCAGAUACUGAAAAGUAUCAUUCAAUAUUUGGAACAAUGGAACUUCCUGUGGUUUUCGUAGUUCUACUUGUUCUAUUCUCAUCAGAAGCAUAUGCUCAAAGUGCCCCGUCACUCUCUCUAACCCCUACUCCAGCCCCAGCACCAGCUCCCGAUUUCGUGAACCUCACAGCUUUACUCUCUGUGGCCGGCCCUUUCCACACCUUCCUUGGCUUACUUGAGUCCACCAAAGUGAUUGAGACAUUCCAAGACCAAGCCAACAAUACUGAGGAAGGCAUAACACUCUUUGUCCCCAAAGAUGGUGCUUUCACAGCUCUCAAAAAGCCUUCUUUGUCCAAUCUCACUGCUGACCAGCUCAAAUCUCUUGUUCUAUUCCAUGCUUUGCCACAUUACUACUCUUUGGCCGAUUUCAGAAACCUCAGCGACAUGAGCCCCGUGGCUACAAUGGCUGGUGGACAAUUCACUUUGAACUUCACUGAUGUUUCAGGCACUGCACAUCUUACCUCGGGAUGGUCAGACACAAAAGUGAGCAGUGCUGUGCAUUCCACAGACCCUGUUGCUGUUUACCAAGUUGACAAGGUUCUUCUUCCAGAGGCAAUCUUUGGUACUGACAUUCCCCCAACCGCAGCCCCAGCACCAGCUCCAGAAAUUGCUCCAGCUGCAGACGCUCCAGAAGCUGCAGACAGUGCAGCCUCAUCUCCAGGAUCUUCAGCAGAUAAUUCUUCUUCUCACAGAAUUGUGAGUUGGGGUCCAUUGGUUCUGGCGAUCUCAGGUGGACUGGUCCUUCUCUUGUGAGGAAAGGAGCAAUGAAAACUUACCCUUUUUAAGUUAAAUUAAGAGGCGGGUUUAUUGGUAUUUUGCUCAAUUGGUUUGAUUUGAAACCAUUUUUUCUGGACAUAUGUUACUGAAUGAAUCUCUUCUGUUUAAAAGAAAUUGAAGUGUACUGGUAUGAGUAAAUGGCAUUAUUGAUUUGAUCUAUUGUUUAUAUAGUAAUAGAGAAGAAAAUAUGGUUUGUACUGUU